AUGAACACAGUUAUUGUAUUUGCAGACGAUGUGGAUUUGUACGUGGGUUCAAUGGUCGAAGAUCCAGUAGUUGGUGGAUUGGUCGGCACAACUUUGGCAUGUCUAAUUGGUGACCAGUUCAAAAGGUUACGCGAUGGUGACAGGUUUUAUUUCGAAAGGCCAGGUGUUUUCACAAGAGCCCAACUGGCUGAGCUCAAAAAAGUAACGAUGGCACGAGUAAUCUGCAACAAUGGUGACCAUUUCGAGGUGAUUCCACAGGAUGCAUUCUUGUUACCGCAAAACCGAAUGACUCCAUGCUCGGCAAUCCCACAAAUCAACCUCGCGAAAUGGAAAGAAUAG